AUCCUGUAACAAAAUGAACAACACCAGUGUGGAAUCGAAUGUUAGCUUAAAUACAGCCUGGGAGUCUUACUUAAACCCCGUAUACAAUUGUUAGUACGACUAUUGGCUGAAUUAUUUUAAUUUGUGGACGUUUGGCCAUUUUUACCUCUCUCAUUCUCUACCAUGCCGGUGAAUUAGCUCGACACGAAAUUAGGCUUGUAGCUCGCUAGCCUGUCUUUAUCUUAUCGACACUUGGGCUGUUAAACGUGACUGGGAAACAACUAUCUUAUUGAACCCACAACCAGUGACUAUUAAGCAACAUUUUCUUUUUUCAAUUCGAAUGCGUCCCAAGAGGAGUUAGAGAAAGUCACUCGGUCUGGAUCCUGAUAAACUCUGAACCAUUGAAACAACCGCCAUGACAGCUGCAAUCAGGGAAUCUGCCCGUGUCCCAGUCCGAGUAGCUGGUGAUGGCAUGGAAACGGAAAAAAACCCCUCCAUCUUGGAGGUCAGCGCAGAUAAGAUGCCACUUGGGCUGGCAUCCGUUCCCCUCUUGCAGGCAGCAAGUCCCAAGCACAGCACAAAAGUUUCCCAACUUCCUCCCCCUAUUACGCCACAACCUCUUGGGGUGCUCCACCUGGGCAAGGUGUGUAGGGAGGCCUGCACAGAGGUUGAGGCUGUAAGGAUCGUUGUCCCUCGUGCUGCCAUAAGUAGAAGUAGCCGUGCACCUGAGGGGAAAGGAGAUGCAGGGCAACAGGCAGAGGAGCGAAGUUCAUCCCCGCAGCCUAUGGUGGAGGACUGGAGAGGCCAGCUAGAGAAGCUUCAGAACUCAGAACGCAGGCUGCUCCAGGACAAGGAAGGCCUCUCUAAUCAGCUGCGUGUGCAGACAGAGGUGAACCGUGAGCUCAAGAAGCUGCUGGUGGCGUCUGUGGGUGAUGACUUGCAAUACCAAUUUGAGCGUCUGGCACGCGAGAAGAAUCAGCUAAUUCUGGAGAAUGAGGUUUUGGGUCGAAGUUUGUCACACACGGCAGAACAGCUGGAACGCAUGAGUAUCCAGUGUGAUGUGUGGAGGAGCAAGUUCCUGGCCAGCAGAGUGAUGGCAGAGGAGCUGACAAAUGCCAGAGCAGCUCUGCAGCGUCAGACCAGAGAGGCACAAGGAGCCAUCCAAGACCUUUUGUUAGAGCGAGAAGAGUACUCAAGAGAAAUGGUGCACACUCACAGAUCUCUGGAGCAGCUCUUGGUUUCUCUGCAGUGGGGCAGACAGCAGACAUACUACCCCAGUGCACAGCCGCUAAGCACAGGAGAGCUGGCAGCGGCCAAUCACAAGCUAGCAGACACCAUCAACUGUCACCUGUUGGGCAAGGACACUAGCAGGGUGGUCAAAAGUAGCAGAGAAACGUCUGAGCAGGUCUGCAGCACACCAGCAGAGAAGAUGGCUGAGAAGGUGCUGAAGAUUUUAGAUCCAAUUUCCUGCACAGAAAACCAGACAGAGUCUGCGCUAAGUGACUCACCCCCUUCGACCUUUCUGAGCAAUAAGAAGAGCAUUGGCAGGUUCCAUCCAUACACUCGCUAUGAGAACAUCACUUUUAACUGCUGCGAACGCUGCACUGGAGACAUUCUCGUGCUGUAGACAAGCAGCAAAACAGUACACACCAUCUUUUCAUUACAUUAUCGCCAAGCAAUAGACGUUGGAUGUGAUCAUGAUCGUCUUCAUAUUAUUGGCAGUUACUCUCAAAAGAAUAACCUAUCUGCAGUGUAUCAAAUGGUAUCAAGUAUCAACACGUGCCGCCCAAGGUAGUGGAGGUCACGGGAGAAAUGAACCUGUUGUUUUCAGGACUUGACCAGUGAAACUCAAACUUUCUGAAAUCAUUGUUCUUUGGAAGAAUGAACACUCUUAAUACUUUUAUAUAUCAAAUCCAAGAUCCUUUGUACCUUAGGUCCAAAGUCAUGUUGUACAUUUUUUUUAGUGCUCUGGCAGUUGCAACUGUCAUCAAAUGUCCUUAUUUUUCCUCAAUGAUCUUUGUGAAUUGUGUUAACUGAAGUGUAAUAUAUGCUAAUUACUAUUCUCUCAUACCAGUGUCUUAUUACAUUUUUCUGCUUAUUGUAUUUUAUGAUUUGGAUGAACUGUUGAACAUACCUUAAACUUUUGAAUAUAAUUAUUUAUAAUGUAAUUAUGAAUUUAAAAUCUUGCUUUAAGUUAGAAUUUUUGAGUAAACAAUGCAUUUCAGAGCCUGGUUCACAUUGAUGACAAAGCCAGUGGUGUCAAUGGUCCCACUUUAGGAUCUUCUGUAGAUAUAUACCGGUUUAUGUUCUAUGUUAUAACAUGGAAAAGACCUUAGCCAGCUAUGACAUGAAAUUAUUUUAUUUAAAGGACUUUAAUGUUACAAGUACUCUUCAAGUAAACUUUAACUUGUAUUUAUCUUAUUUUAAAGUUUUGGAGAGAAUAUUUUGUGUUAAGGAUGUUUUUCAAAACACAGCACAAAGACGUGUAAUUGUUUUUAUUUACAAAGAAAGCAUUCUCUGAAAAUAAAGAUCAAA